AACGGUGAGGACCUGGGUCUGAUCUGAUUUGUAUCCACUGAGAUCAAUACUCAGUUACGACUUUCCAGAUCCUGACCCAGGACUGCAGAGUAACCAGAUUCCUCACAAGAAGGACACUGUGACUUUGGAUUCCUUGGUGGAAGAACACAAAACCCUCUGGUCUUGCUGCCAACGAUGCAGGUGUGAUUGCUGGCAUCUUCAUGGGCUCCAGAGGUCACAGCACGCUCCCACGGACUCUCAUGGCCCCUCGGAUGAUUUCUGAGGGAGACAUAGGAGGCAUCGCUCAAAUUACCUCCUCUCUCUUUCUGGGCAGAGGCAGUGUGGCCUCCAACCGGCACCUCCUUCAGGCUCGUGGCAUCACCUGCAUCGUUAAUGCUACCAUUGAGAUCCCCAAUUUCAACUGGCCCCAAUUUGAAUAUGUUAAAGUGCCUCUGGCUGACAUGCCCCAUGCCCCCAUUGGACUGUACUUUGACACUGUGGCUGACAAGAUCCACAGUGUGAGCAGGAAGCAUGGGGCCACGUUGGUGCACUGUGCCGCGGGGGUGAGCCGCUCGGCCACUCUCUGCAUCGCUUACCUGAUGAAAUUCCACAGUGUGUGCCUGCUGGAGGCGUACAACUGGGUAAAAGCCCGUAGGCCCGUCAUCAGGCCCAACGUAGGUUUCUGGAGGCAGCUGAUAGACUACGAGCGCCAGCUCUUUGGGAAGUCGACAGUUAAAAUGGUACAGACACCUUAUGGCAUAGUUCCAGACGUUUAUGAGAAAGAGUCCCGACACCUGAUGCCUUACUGGGGGAUAUAAUGCCACCAAAGCCUGCAUCAGCAGCCCCUUGAGCAGUACCAGCAUCUGCUACACACCGUCUGUUCCCCUCUUCACCUUUCUUUUCAGAUGGUUGACUCUUGGUUCUCCCUGAAGUGCUUUUGACACUGGGUGUUCAAGUUUAUUUUAGAAGAUAGGGAGGGGAGGAACAUUAGGGGAAUGCACACAUUGCUAGUAACAUUUUUAAAACUAACAUUUUGGAAUAGUGUUUAUGAAAAUCUUUAACUGGCUUUUAAUCAUUUUUAACAAUUUGAACAGUUUAAUAAACUGUUUGGUUCUGCUAUAUUCCGAAUCCCAUGCCUUUAGGCGUCAUGGCAGGUGCCGGAGGAGCUCAGUGCAAAAAUCACUUUGGGUCCUGAUUUACCCUUUAGAGACAAGCUUUGCCCAAGGCUGCCAACCGCACAGAUGCUUAGGGAAGAUGGAUACCAGCUUCAGUUUCUAUUGGAUUAGCCCUACUCUUUCCUUUCCUAUUAUUUAGUGACUGUAAGUUUAAAAAAAAAUAAUAAACCUUUGUUAAUCUAGUUGUUAAGUAAUUAUAAUGAAAUCUGCUGCAAACACCCUCUUGGAAUCAUUGUGCCCCGGGACUAUAUUAGCAUUAUUUUUAAUAAAUAUAUCUGCAUAACAGAAGUUUGACUAAGAACCCCAGGGUGUGUGCGUGUGUGUUGAUGCUAGAAGGAAGAUGCUCUCCAGUAACCGCCUUAAAAUCCAGCUCCUGUGACAACCGUGCCAUUUAAAAUCGACCUCUCAGCUGAACUGUGUCGACGCUUCACAUCCUUGCAGAUGGGCAGACAUUACUAUCAGUCCCAGUGCUGAAGCUGUGGAAAAUAGCACAGAGGGUCCACUCUGAUGAAAGGUUCGGUUUUCGGUUGUCUCUUGGCAACUGGAGUGCACCAGUGAGUCCUCCAUCAAAGAAAUUGUUUUUUUUAACAAAAGCUAUGCCUUUACUUGACAAAAUGUCCUAAACCAAACCUCCAUAGAAGUGACCAGCAAGUAACAAUGCUUCCUUUGUUGAAACUUGAAACCAUGUCACCCAGUUCACUGCUCCUAAUAAAUAUAACAGCAUAACUCA